GACAGCAACCCGCUAUCCACUUUCAUUUCCAUGAGUCAGCAGCCACCAUGUCUGGGAAGACCUAGGAAGGGCGCUCUGGCCGCACCAGAAGCUUCGGAGGACGACUAUGAUCAUGGAGGACACUCAGGCUAUUAACUGGGAGGUUGAAGAGGAGGAGAAGACAGAGAGACCCAGUGACUCUUUGGGGUGUAGUUUGGAGCCCCUAGGGCGACUGCAUAUCUUCAGUAGUGCCCACGGACCAGAAAAAGAUUUCCCACUCUACCUCGGGAAGAAUGUGGUAGGCCGAAUGCCUGAUUGCUCUGUGGCCCUGCCCUUUCCAUCCAUCUCCAAACAACAUGCAGUGAUUGAAAUCUUGGCCUGGGACAAGGCACCUGUCCUCUGGGAUUGUGGAAGCCUCAAUGGUACUCAAAUCCUGAGGCCUCCUAAGUUCCUGAGCCCUGGGGUGAGUCAUCGUCUGAGGGACCAGGAGUUGCUUGUCUUUGCUGACUUGCCCUGCCAGUACCAUCGCCUGGAUGUUUCCCUGCCCUUUGUUUCCCGGGGCCCCCUAACUGUAGAGGAGACACCCAAGGUACAGGGAGGAACUCAACCCUGGGGGAUUCUGUUGGCUGAGGAUUCAGAAGAGGAAGUAGAUCGUUUUUCUGAAAGGUGCGUGGUGAAAGAACCAAGGACCACGUCCUCCCCUUUGGCAACAGUUGUUCCGGAGAGUGAUGAAGAGGGGCCUUCUUCUGCCCCAGAUGGUCCUGGGCCACCUUGUGCCUUCAACGUUGACAGUGACACAGAUGAAGAAGAAAGUCAGCAACCAGCAGCAGGGGAGGCCUUCUCAGCCUCCACAAGAGAGGCAACUGCAGAGACAGAGCAAAUUAAAGCUGUCACAACUGAAAUUCAUUUUGAAAAGGAUCAGGUUUUGGAGCAGGAGAGAAACAGUGACACAGGACUUGAGAGGGAUGCAAGUAAUGGGGUGGUUCUGGAGAGGAGCCAGCCUUCUGGGGAAGACAGUGAGACAGAUGUGGAUGAUGACAGCAGACCUCCAGGAAGGCCCACUGAGGUUCAUCUGGAAAGGGCCCAGCCUUCUGGCUUCAUUGACAGUGAUACUGAUGUGGAGGAAGAGGAGAUCCCUGCAACCCCAGCUGUAGUUCCUGUGAAGAAGAGGCAAAUCUUCCAUAGAGUUAGUACAGGGAGUCCUGGGGGACCUGACCUGGCAUAUCUUGGUGAGAGCCCGACUGGUAGUGACACAGAUGUGGAGGAGGCUGAGGCCCCACUCCUGGUCUCUCUGGGGCACAGCCAAGUCUCCAUGGUGAUCGACAGCAAUACAGAUGACGAGGAAGAAGUGUCAGCAGCGCUCACUUUGGCGCGUCUGAAGGAGAGCGGAGCCGCCACAUGGAACAGAGGUACAGAUGUAGGAGAGGACAGAGCCCAACCUCCGGCUUCUCUUGAGCGAAACCAUACCUCUGCUGGGAGAGACAGUGACACAGACAUGGAGGAGGAGGGGUUCCCAGUGGAAAAAAGAAACUAUGUCCCCAAAGGUCACACAGACAAAGCUGAUUCAGAAAAGAGCCAGCCUCCUUUCAGAGACAGUGAUAUAGAAGUGGAAGAAGAUAAGAGUUCACCUAGAGUCCACCUGGAGAGAAGUCAAGCCUCUGCCACAGCAGGUAUCACCACACAGGUGGAAGAGGAAGUCCCCUCAGGGCCAGCUGUUACUCUCUCAGAGAAGCAUCAGGAGCCUGUGACACAGACAAAGCCAACAAAUGUGGAAGCAGAAGGGGGCCCAGCAAAGCUACCCGCAGUGCAUCUUGAGAAAGCCCAACCUCCUCCAGGUACUGCAGGGGAACCCACCCAACCACCAAGAAAUGGAGCCCAGCCCCCCAGAGAAAGUGGGAGAGAACCACAUGUGGACAUGACCAAGGACUCUGGACACAACCAUGAUGAUUCUGAAGAUCUAGACCUACAAGCUACCCAGUGCUUUGUGGAGAGAGAGAAUCAGAGCCUGAAAGGUGCCCUGGAUGAGCCAUGGGAGGUCUUGGCUACACAGCCAUUCUGUCUAAGAGAGUCUGAGGCCUCUGAGACCCAGCCCAUUGCUGCCCACCUUGAGACCCAUGGAUCGUGCCCCUUUUCACCUAGGGCAACACCUCGGGACCAACAUCCAGAAAGCCCAGUUGACGCAGAGCCAUUGGGCCACUUGAAUUGCAAGAUGCCACCUGCUGAGAAGGCUUCUAGGGGUGAUCCAGAACCUCUAGAUGCUUGCCUGCCUCCAGCAGUACCUGAAGGCUCAGUCCCUAUCCAAAACCCCCUCAUCUCUCAGAGCCAAGAGCAUCCUGCUCCCCAGCCCCUCCUUGUUCCCUCUCUAGCUUUAGAGCCACCCAUUCCCAGAACCAGGCAAAACAGGAGUCAGGAAGCUCUGGAGAAUCCCUUGUCCUCAGAGCUGGACCCUCUUCAUCCAAAACCCCGAGUCAGGCCCCGGGGGUGCUCCAGGAUGAUGCCCUCUCCAGUUUCUUCUAUAGCCCUGGAGCCCUACCCUACCACCCCCACAAACCACCCUGUCACCCCUGAGCCCACACCUCGGGCCACUCGGGGCAGGACACAUAGGGCCUCGGUCAAGACCCCUGAACCAACUGUCCCCACAGUCCCUGAGCUCCAGCCUCCCACCUGCAAAGACCAGCCUGUCACCCCUGAGCCCACACCUCGGGCCACUCGGGGCAGGACACAUCGGGCCUCGGUCAAGACCCCUGAACCAACUGUCCCCACAGUCCCUGAGCUCCAGCCUCCUACCUGCAAAGACCAGCCUGUCACCCCUGAGCCCACAUCUCGGGCCACUCGGGGCCGGACACAUAGGGCCUCGGUCAAGACCCCUGAACCAACUGUCCCCACAGUCCCUGAGCUCCAGCCUCCCACCUGCAAAGACCAGCCUGUCACCCCUGAGCCCACAUCUCGGGCCACUCGGGGCAGGACACAUAGGGCCUCGGUCAAGACCCCUGAACCAACUGUCUCCACAGUCCCUGAGCUCCAGCCUCCCACCUCCAAAGACCAGCCUGUCACCGACAAGGCCAUAACUCAGAGUGGUCGGAACAGGACACUGAGGUCUACAAGAAGUGCUGUGCCUGUUCGUACCACCCCUGAAUUCCAGUCUCCUGUCCCCAUAGACCAGUCUGUUUCCCCUGAGCCCAUCCCUCAAGCCAAAUGUAGCAGGAAGUCAAGGGUCACUAGGAAGCAUGGGUCCCUCGCAGCUCCCAUUGUCUGUGAACCCUGCUCUGCACCCCUUGAACCUAACUCCUGGUCCUCAAGGAGCCAAAGGCGAGGAGCAGUGAGAGCAGCCGAGUCCCUUAGGACCAUUCCCGAGUCUGCCGUUGCCCAGCUUCCUGAGGCCCCCAUACAUGCUCCUCAGAUCCAAGAGGUGGAGGCAGCAGGUAGAUAUGAGUUCACCCCAGAGUCCCAGCCUAAGACCUUUCAAACCCGCAAGAGGUCUUCAGGUACUGUGGUUUCACCCCCACUUCAAAAACGGCUGCAAAGAGAAGUCCCGCAGGAGACUGUGUUCCUCAAGGAAGAAGAAGACCUCACAGAGAAGCCAGGGAAGGAAGAGGAGGUAGCGAUGCCAGGACCGCGCGCAAGAAAGAAAGGCCAGGCUGAGGACGAGCCCAAAGGGAUGCCAGGCCGCAGCCUCCGUCGGACCAAACCUGCCCAUGAGUCCAUCACCCCCAAAGUGCUCUUCACAGGAGUGGUGGAUGCCCAUGGAGAACAGGCUGUGCUGGCUCUGGGGGGAAGUCUGGCCAGCUCGGUGGCAGAGGCAUCCCACCUGGUGACUGAUCGAAUCUGCCGGACAGUCAAAUUCCUGUGUGCCCUGGGGCGGGGGAUCCCUAUCCUCUCCCUGGACUGGCUGUACCAGUCCCGCAAGGCCGGUUACUUCUUGCCCCCGGAUGAAUAUGUGGUGACUGAUCCUGAGCAGGAAAAGAACUUUGGUUUCAGCCUCCGCGACUCCCUGAGCCGGGCUCGUGAGCGAAGGCUGCUAGAGGGCUAUGAGAUUCAUGUGACUCCUGGAGUCCAGCCACCUCCACCUCAGAUGGGAGAGAUCAUCAGCUGCUGUGGGGGCACUGUCCUACCCAGCAUGCCCCGGUCCUACAAGCCUCAGAGAGUUGUGAUCACGUGCUCCCAGGACAUCCCUCGAUGCACCACACCAUUUCGAAUCGGGCUGCCCGUCCUCUCUCCUGAGUUCCUGCUGACCGGAGUGCUGAAGCAGGAAGCCAAGCCAGAGAACUUUGUUCUCUCCACUUUGGAAAUGUCGUCCACCUGAAAACCCCACCCCGUGCCCUUUUCCCUCCCAGACCAAUAAAUAGUUAGAAAGUGUUUGGGAGAAAGAACUUAGGGCUUUAGAAAAGAUUUGGAUAUACUGAUCUGAUUUGUCUUGAAACAUUGGUGGAGCUGAAAAGGUUUCUGGGAAAACAAAGAUAGGGAGAUUGGGGGCCACAGAUUUUCUUAAUUGGCCAUUUAAAGUUGGUUAAUCUCAUGCUCAGAUACCUUAAGUGGCUCUCAUCUUUAGGCAGACUGAUGUUCCUACUGCUCCAUGUCUGCCUCCCAUUUGGAAGCCAUCUCUUUUUCUUUCUUACUGGGAUUCUUAUUCUCCCAAACAUAGUAAAACAAUUUUAAUGUCAGAAACUUGAAGGAUGCUUGGAGUGAGUAAAUUUGAGGUUGGGGUUAUGGAAUACUAUAAAAACAUUUUCCUCUCUCCUGCCCCAUCUUGUCAGAAGUAUCCUUUAGCUUGGACUUGGGGCAAGUUCCUGCACUUUUUCAGGCCUUGUUUUCCAGUAUUUAUAAAAUUAGAGCUUAGGCGUAACCUCCAUGACAAAUGAAUAUUCACUCUGUGCCUUAUGGUGUGGUGCAGUUUUCUGUUUUGGUUUUUUAUCCUCACCCAAGGAUACGUUUUUCUGUUGAUUUUAGAGAGAGAGGAAGGGGGUCAGGGGGGAAAGAAACAUCCAUGUGAGAAACAUUGAUCCGGUUGCCCCCCAUAUGCACCCCAAGCAGGGAUCAAACCUGCACUUUUUGUUGUACAGGAUGACACUCCAGCCAGCUGAGCCACCUGGCCAGGGCAGUGAAGUUUUGGGGUUUUUUAUAUGACAUUUCUUAAAUUUAAGUUUUAAAGUUUGGUUGAUUCCAAGGAUAUGGAGAAAUUGGAACCCUUAAUCAUUGCUGGUAGGAAGGUAGAUGGUUCAGCCACUGCGAAAAAAUUUGAUGGUUCUCACCAGUUUGGUUCAGCAGUUAGCACGUUGGCCCUUGGACUGAAGGGUCACAGGUUUGAUUCCCAGUCAAGGGCACAUACCUGGAUUGCAGGUU